GAAAGUACGUUUCUUUUUAUAUAAAAGCGGGCGCCGCCGCAUGGCAUGGUUCAAUGCGCGCAUGACGGGUAACAAAAAUAAUUAGCGAAACGUUAAAAUAAUCGAAAUAAUCAAAUAAUCAAAAAAAGCUCAGGAACCUGAUUCAACCUCCCCCCAUACUUUUUGAUCGCUCGCCAAAAAAAAGCCAUUAAAAAAACCAUUGAAAAGGCUAUUCGCGCGUUUAGCCCUUGCCAUGAAUGGCAAGACGAGUUCUUUUCAAUUAGCAUUUAGCCACCCAUCUUCUCUGUUGUUCUCUGUCAUCCUUAGUCAUCUAUCGGCAUUUAUUUUCUAUCUCCUCGAUCAACCACCCAUUCUAGUACAUUUUAACCGCUCCAGAAAGAGGGUAGUUCUGCUUUGAAGGCAAAUCUCAUGCAUCGCCUUGCAACUUUUGCUGCCGGUGCCAUUCUGGGCGGCGGAGCCAUCUACACGCUGAUCAGGCAAUCCGCACCCACCACCACGCAACCAAUCCCUGCUGCAUACCAGCAGCAGCCAGCGGCCGCUCCCAAAUACCAGCCGCUGCCCCAGCCCCAGGCUCAUGUGCGCGCAUUGCCCGAUACAGGCGGAGCCUCCGAGUUUCUCAAGUACGGCCAUCCAGGGCCUAUCUCCGACUUCCUCGUUCGCUCACGUUACGCGGCAUCCUACAACCGCGCAUUGCGCAACCCCAACUGGGUCGCCGAGCACCUAACCGCAGCCAACCUCAAGGGCACUGCCGACCGGGCCAACUCUGAGUUCAAGGAGGACCAGUCCAUCCCGCCCCUGUUCCGCGCCCAGCUCAAGGAUUACUUCCGCUCCGGGUAUGACCGCGGCCACAUGUGUCCGGCGGCUGACGCCAAGAAGGAUGGCGAGUCGAUGAACGAGACUUUUUUCCUGACCAACAUUGCCCCGCAGGUCGGCAAAGGGUUCAACCGCAACUACUGGGCGAGCCUGGAGACUUUUGUGCGCGACCUGACUAAAUCCUUCGACGACGUUUAUUGCAUAUCCGGCCCGCUGUACUUGCCCAAGAAGGAGGGCGACAAGUGGGUGGUCAAGUAUGAGGUGAUUGGUAGUCCGCCGAAUGUCGCCGUGCCGACCCAUUUCUUCAAGGUUAUUCUGGCCUCGCGCAAGGGUGACCCGCUCGUGCCGCUGGAGACUGUGGAGAGAGCCGCCGGGCUGCACUUCUUCGAUAAGGUCGAGCGCAAGGUCGGAUCGGCUGUCCCACUGUGCUCCAAGAUUGAAUGCAAGCUCAACCAUGACUCGUGGAAGAAGAAGUAGUAAAUUACUUAUUGGAUACAAAAUAAUAUUUUUUUAUUAUAAUUA